UUGAAGGCGAAAGAAAAAAAAAAACCUGAAACCAACCAGGAAGUUGAAUCGAGGAAGAGGAGAGUUUCUUCCUCGGUGGUUUCUUCGGUGAAGCGUCAAACUUUUACGUUUUAAAGCAGUUUUAAAGGGUUUUAAGUCAACACCGGUAGCCUGUAAAAGUUUUUCUGUCUUGUUUUCCGGGCGGAGGAUUUAGUUUGUAACAAGAUGGACUACAAGCCGGAGCGGGGAGGACUGGAGGAAGCACCAGAGCAGAAGGACAAGGUGCAGGCCUUGAAGGACCAGGUGGAUGGAGUGAAAGACAUCAUGACUCAGAAUGUGGACCGGAUCCUGGCCCGAGGAGAGAGGCUGGAUGACCUCAUGGACAAGUCUGAGGAUCUGGAACAAGGGGCUAAGGGCUUCAAGCAGACCUCUCAGAAAGUGGCCCGUGCCUACUGGUGGAAAAACGUCAAGCUGAUCGUGGUCAUCAUUGUCAUCGUGGUCAUCAUCGUCCUCAUUAUCGUGCUGUUGGCCACCGGGGUGAUUCCUACCAGCCAGUCGGUGGGUCCAGUUGUUGUUCCCACCAAACAGCCUUGAACACACAGGAUGUCCACAACGGUGUAAACACACACCCCACUGUUGCACAAUCUACAAAAGAACAUAUUGACUCUUAAUAAAUCACUGUUUGUCUCGAAAAUAUUUAAAUAUUUCUCAUUUGCUUCUGGUUACUUUCAUGGUUUGAUUUCAAGGCACUUUAAUGACACACUUGUGAAAAUUCAACAAAACCAUUUAGAAAUUGUCUGUCUAAUCUUUGAACAAAAUUUAGAUUUUUCUCCUGGAAGGACACUCGGCAAGUAUGUUCUGAUAUGUUUCUUCAUCCUCUUUCCAGAGAGUUUGUAGAUGAACAGAAUGAACGUUUCAAUCUCACAUUUAGUUCAUCACCUGUGUGGGCCUUUUACAAGGGCGGGCUUGUAAAUUUAAAUAUUGGUAAUCAGAAAGCCUUUUUUUUACAUUUGUAUGGAGAAAGAACGUCCAGUAACUGAGUGCAUGUAGUACUGCUUUAACUGUGAAGCUGGUGUAGGAGGAAACAGCUGUGCAGAGCAGUGAAGUGUGUUGCAGUUCAGCAGUCUGAGUUCUACCUGAACCAGGACUGCGGGUCAUGAAGGAUACAUGUAACUAAUGACAGGACUGUUUUCAGCUAAGUGCUUGUAAAAUGCAAGAAGGUAGCACAAAGUUUAUUUUUGUAAAACCCACCUUUUAUAGUUGAGUGUAAUAAAGCAGUGUUUGGCUGCUGACACACUUGUUCUGUAGGGUCAGGAUCCUCCAGCCAAUCAGCUGAGAGAGAUGCUUUAUAGCCCGUAUGAAGACCUGUUGGCCUCAUGACAACCAGCUACCAUUUUAAUCAAUUUAAACAUUAGGGCCAUUAUUUUAAUUAAAAAUACAAGUUUAGACAAAUGUGUGUUUUCUGCUUCUUUUUGCUGUUACCAGUACUACUUUAGGUUUAAAGAGGUCAAAAUGCUUCUAUAUAACUGUAUAUAGUUACAUACCUACACGUAUAUAUUUUUGUUUCAGCCGUAGUGUUUUACUGAAGGUCUUUUUUUCUUUAGAAGCUACUAAGUUAUUGCUUUAUUUUAUUAUAUUAUAACAGGUUUAAUCAAGUCUUUCUAUUAAAACUGUCAUUUUCCAGCUGAUGUAUAAACAGGAGGUUGUGUUGGAACAAAUCCUUUGUUAGUUUUUGUUUAUUUUUUUAUUUUUUUGUCAUUCUGGGAUACAGUACUCUCUCUCGUCCUUGUCUGUUGCUUUUGACUGAUACUGGCCUGAAGAAAUUUGGGAAUGCUGCAGAGAAAAUGUGUAUUGAAGCCGUUUCUUUAGCAGGAUUAUCCCGGGUUUAUGGCAUUUAAUGGUUUUAAUAUUCUGAUGGAUGAAAUAAAUAGUAUUUACCUCCA